GGGAAGGAGCCAUGUCGUCCAUCCUGCCCUUCACGCCGCCGAUCGUCAAGCGCCUGCUGGGCUGGAAGAAGGGCGAGCAGAACGGGCAGGAGGAGAAGUGGUGCGAGAAGGCCGUCAAGAGCCUGGUCAAGAAGCUGAAGAAGAGCGGGCAGCUCGACGAGCUCGAGAAGGCCAUCACCACCCAGAGCGCCGCCACCAAGUGCAUCACCAUCCCCAGAUCGCUGGAUGGCCGACUGCAGGUCUCCCACCGGAAGGGCCUCCCGCACGUGAUCUACUGCCGGCUGUGGCGAUGGCCGGAUCUUCAUAGCCACCACGAGCUGCGCGCCAUGGAGAUGUGCGAGUACGCCUUCAACAUGAAGAAGGACGAAGUCUGCGUGAAUCCGUACCACUAUCAGAGAGUGGAGACUCCAGUUUUGCCUCCAGUUUUGGUACCGAGACACACAGAAAUCCCGGCCGAGUUCCCCCCACUGGACGAUUACAGCCACUCAAUUCCGGAGAACACUAAUUUCCCAGCUGGCAUCGAGCCACAGAGCAACUACAUUCCAGAGACCCCCCCGCCUGGCUACCUGAGCGAGGAUGGCGAAACCAGCGACCAUCAGAUGAACCACAGCAUGGAUGCAGGCUCUCCGAACCUGUCCCCCAACCCGAUGUCCCCGGCACACAACAAUCUGGACCUGCAGCCCGUCACUUACUGCGAGCCCGCCUUCUGGUGCUCCAUCUCCUACUACGAGCUCAACCAGCGCGUUGGGGAGACGUUCCACGCUUCUCAGCCCUCAAUGACCGUGGACGGCUUCACCGACCCUUCCAACUCGGAGCGCUUCUGCCUCGGCUUGCUGUCGAACGUGAACCGCAACGCGGCGGUAGAGCUCACCCGGAGGCACAUCGGCAGAGGAGUGAGGCUGUAUUACAUUGGCGGGGAGGUGUUUGCCGAGUGCCUCAGCGACAGCGCCAUUUUUGUCCAGUCUCCGAACUGCAACCAGCGCUACGGCUGGCACCCGGCCACUGUCUGCAAGAUACCGCCAGGCUGCAACUUGAAGAUUUUUAACAACCAGGAGUUUGCAGCCCUCUUGGCACAGUCCGUGAACCAGGGCUUUGAGGCCGUCUAUCAGCUGACCCGAAUGUGCACCAUCCGAAUGAGCUUUGUCAAGGGCUGGGGGGCGGAAUACAGGCGCCAGACGGUCACCAGCACCCCCUGCUGGAUCGAGCUCCAUCUGAACGGCCCGCUGCAAUGGCUGGACAAGGUCCUGACCCAAAUGGGUUCCCCGAGCAUCCGCUGCUCCAGCGUGUCUUAAGGGCACGUCCGUCGCUGAGGCCACGGCCGAGACUUUCGAACGGAGCGACCUCGUUCAGCUCCCUGGCUGAGGACUUCACCGCCGAGAACUGACUUGCUGUUAUUUCGAAAGGGAAGACAAUCCACGUGGCCCCAGAAACCCGGCAGUCGGGAUGCUGUGGGGGUCGCAGUCUUCCGGGCUCAGGCCUGUCUUCUUUGGUGGAACUUUGCUCUGGCGCUGUGGACACGGACGGCGGCUUUACCGCAACCCCUCUGAGGCGGAUCGUACCCGAAGCAUCAACUCUCU